UCAGUCAGCCAGAACCCCUCUUGGCGUGUCUAUAUUAAAGUGUCUUGGGGCUGUCACAAUGUUACAGGAAGGCAAUUUAACCACCAAUGAAUCCUGUCAGAUCCAUGAUGGCAAAAUAUUGUCCUUUUUGUCCAUUGGCUACAUUGUCAUCUGUUGCAUUGGUCUGCUGUGUAACACCGUCACCAUCUACAUAUUCUUCCUCCAGCGGCACACAGACUCUUCCAUGGCGGUCUACAUGCGUCACCUUGCCCUAGCCGACAUCCUCCUGGUCCUAUGUUUGCCUCUACGGGUCUACUACCACAACAAAGAAGGUCCCUUCUACCUGUGCAAAGUGGUUGGUGUUUUCUUCUACAUUAAUAUGUACGCCAGCAUCCUGUUCCUCAGCCUCAUUAGUCUGGAUCGCUACUUGAAAAUUAUCAAGCCUGUUUGGGUGUUCCGCAUCCAGAAGACGAGAUGGAGCCAAAUGGCAAGCUACACCAUUUGGGUGGCGCUUAUUUCAGGAACAAGCCCAUUCCUCACCAACAACAAUCAGAAACAUCCAUGCGACAAGUUCUGCUUCCACUUCCACAGCAAUGGUACUCUUGGUGGUGUGAUUAAUCUGACUACAGUGGUGCUAUUCCUUGUUUUUUACCUGGCUUUUCUUUGUUUUUAUGUGAAGAUUACUAAUAAACUCAGGACUAUGUCCUUGGGUAAUGAUGAUCCAAAGGCACAAAGUCGCAAAAAGAGGGUUAUCAUGAAGACUAUCUUGGUACCUGCUAUUUUUACUUUGUGCUUCUUGCCUUACCAUGCAGUAAGGAUUCCAUACGUUCUGGCUCAACUGGAUGUGAUCGGGGAUCAUCAAAUCCAACAACUGUUGCACAUCUUAAAUGAGAGUACCUUGCUACUGUCGAGUGUAAAUAGCUGCCUUGACCCAAUUGUCUAUUGUCUCUUAUCCACUGCAUACAGGAAAACCAUCCUGUGUGCCAUCCAGGGAAAGUUUAAAAGCAUGUAUGCUUUAAACAGAAGAAGAAUCAGCAUUAACAAUUCACUCACUGAAAUUUAGACAGCUUCAUGGAUGGCUUUAUAUUAUUUGUGACAUCAACUGAAAGCAAAGAUAGUACAUUCAACACAAUCAGUUCUGAGGUUUAAAUGAUGUAUGUUGAUUUAAGUUUAUGUAAAUUAAAUACUUUAGAAGACUUUCUUCACUCUCAGAAAAAAAAAAAUACUUUUAUUGGUGCAAGGGCCAACACUGGGGUGACACCCUCAAAGGGACUUUUUCUGUACCUCUAAUUAAAAUGUAUAACUCGUUUGGAUACAUACUUGUACCAUUGAUCAUUAAACCAUACCGAGCUUCAUGUAUUUUGCAUGUUGUUAUAACCACAUAUAAAUGGCUUAUAAUGCAUUUGUAAAUAAAUUACUAGUCAUUAAUGAACCCCAUUAUAAACCCUUAAAAAUGGGAACUUAAAUAUAAAGUGUUAGAUUUUCUUAAUGAUUGUAUUUAAUUUAUUUAUGCCUGUUAGAAAGAACAUGAAAAUAAGAAAUUUACUUUGUAAAUUACGUGAACGUCCUUUCGAUGUCACAGCUCCCCAGUGGUAUACACAAGCACUUGUGCAUUAUGAGUGUUACCCAAUUUGUGGUUUGUGGAACUAUAGAAGUGUCAACCACAUUACAGACCUCUGCAUCUAAAAAUGAGCACAAUGUGGGUAAAUACAGAUUUCAUAUCUAAAUUGUGAAUAAAAUGUACAUGUUAUGCUGAGAAGAUAGAUGCACUUUGUAUUAAAAUGUUACUUUAAAAUGAUUUAGUGAAAUGUUGGAUUAGAUUAUUAGAUACAUUAGCCGUGUAAUGUUGUGCAUUAGCAAACAUAUUCUAUAAAAUUAUGCAAAUCUUUGUGUUAUAAAAUGCAUUACUGCUUUUAUGCUUUAUUCAUACUA